AUGAGACUUCAAAUUGAGUUAUUUCAGAGAGGAGAAGAGAAACGCAAGGCAGGAGGAACUGCCGUGUUGGAGCCGAGAAUGUCCACCUUCGAUAUUAGUGAUAGUAAGAUUGAGGUGAUUGCAGUUGACACCAGAAAUGCAGGAAGUUGUAAUACUGCUGGUCACAUGCAGAAUUUGUGUGACGCUGAAAAUGAAGGUGAAAUGGAGGAUGUUAGAUUGGACGAAAGAAGCGUAAUAUCAACUGCUAAUGAUUUAUCUAGUAGCAGCAUGCUGAAGGAAGCUGUAGAUGAUAUUGUUGAUAAUCACAAUAAAGGAGAAGUUGCUGAUGUCCGAGAUGAAGAUGAUAAGUCUUUGGAAGAUGAGCAGGCUAUGUCAAGUUUUGAAAAACAAGUUGAUUUGAUUAAGAAUAAAGUGGAAAAUAACACUGUAAUAAUUCACUCAGUAGACGAAAUGCCCGAUGAGACAUUUCAAAGAUUGCAGCAGGGUCUGCAUGACAAAACUCUUACACACAAAGAAAUUGUUGAUUCAGUCUUCAAUACGCUUGUUGGUGGAACAUUCGAUAUUGAAUCAAAUUUUAUUAUCGGAGAUUCCAGAAAUAUUACUCGUCUAUUGCACCUGUUGGACAAAGCUCCAUCUCACUUGGAGGCAGAAAUAUGGAGCGUCUUCAUUGGCGUUGUCCGCAAAAGUGCACGUAACAUGCAAGCUUGCUCAAGAGUUGGCCUCGUCUUAGAGAUUCUUGAACGGUUAUCAAAUAGCGAUGCAGUUGUCUCUGAUUUAUUAAUACAACUUCUUGGAGUGCUUACAACUUACAGUAUCACCGUUAAGGAGACCAAAAGAUUUCUCCGUGCUUUGAAGGCAGUAAAUAGAAAAUGGCGUAAGAACUCGAUCAAGCUUCUGGAUGUCCUAGGAGAAAUGCCAAAACGCGAUGGUGCAGAUGUUUUCUUUUCGUUUCCUGGUGUGCAUAGUGCAGGUAUUGCAUUACCUCCGCUGACAAAGUGGCCUUAUCAGAAUGGCUGGAGUUUUUGCACUUGGUUGAAAAUGGACCCUUUAAAUAGUGUCAACUUCGAAAAGGAGCGCCCCUACAUAUACUGUUUUCGGACCACAAAAGGACUUGGUUACAACUGUUAUAUUAUGGGCAAUUGUUUGGUUAUCAGUUGCAUUAAAGUCGUAGGUAAGGAAACAGCACGGUGUAUACGAUUUGAAUUGACACCUAGAAGGUGGCAUCAUGUUGCGAUCUCGCAUAUUUAUUCUCGUUGGUCGAAGAGUGAAAUCCAAUGUUUUGUGGACGGCCAAAUGAUUGAGUCUUUCGACGUGUCGUGGUUCGUCUCCACAACAGAACACUUUGAUAAAUGUAGUAUUGGGUGUGGCCCCGAUGGAGAAGAACCAUUCUGUGGACAGAUAGCAGCUUUGUAUGUGUUUUCGGAAGCCUUAAGUGCGCAACAAGUUAAUGCAAUCUUUUGUUUGGGAUCGUCGUAUCAGAGUUGUUUUCUGCAUGAAGCCGAGACUGAUUUGUCUGAUGAUUAUAAAAAGUUUAUAUUUGAUGGAAAACUCAGUGCUUCCGUUGUGAUAGCGUAUUCACCGAAGAAUUGUGAUGGACAGUUGUGCUUACAUUCAGCGUCUAAAAUAGGUGCUCCGUAUUUUGUGCAGGUUCCACAUGCUAUUAUGAAAGAGGGCGUCGAAGUGGUGAAAACUUAUUCAAUUCACAAUUCUUUACAUUCCUUAGGCGGUAUACAGAUGCUUUUGCCUCUAUUUUCUCAAUUAGAUUUUCCUCAGUAUGAUGGAAAUGUACGGAAAAUUGAUGUGUGCUCGAAAUUACUAUCAGCUAUAUCUCUUCUUCUAAGGACUGCUUCAAAUGCCCCCCAACAACUGUAUCAUAGCAGAGCAUUUCUUGUCAUUUCUCAGGCCUUAUAUGAAUCAUCAUCUUCAAACCUUAGUCAGCACGUGCUGGAAAUUUUAAUUGAUAUUUCGAAAUAUCUAUUGGCAUUCCCUUCGGGAACGCCGCUGCUGAAACAUCUUUUCGAUUAUAUUCUUUUCAAUCCUGAACUCUGGAGUAGAGCUGAUCCUAUAAUACAAAUUCAAUUAUAUUACUUUUUGGCAAGCGAAUUUUUAACGGGCGCCAAUUUCAUGCUGAUUGUACAACGUUGUGCCACUGUUGUUGAGAUGCUUCAUACUAUCAAGCUGUAUUAUUGGGUUGUUAUGCCACAUUCACCCUCACUGUACAAUGUGAUUAGCCGUGAAGGAAGGCCAUCUCGAAACGAAGUUAUAACUAUACGCGCGCAUAUGUUGACUUUCGUCUCUCGGCUAAUAUGUAUGCCAGAUCCCAAAGAAAGCGGUAUUAUGAAUCGAGACGGCGAAUUCAAUGCAUUGUUAAAUUUCAUCGCCACCGUAAAUGAAGAUGAUAAUCUCUAUGAUGUGUUAGCUCUUACAACACGGUUACUUUGUGAAAAACCGGCAGCAAUGGUACCGGCAUUCGAUCGAAAGAAGGGCCUUGCAGUUGUGUUCAAAUUAAUUAAUUCUGUCAAUGAACUUGUUCGUAUACCGGCUUUAAAAAUAUUUGGUUAUUUCUUAUGUCGCUCAACGCUCAAACGAAAGACGGAUUCAGUUAGUAGUCUUAAUUUAUUGUCCCUUGUAACUGAUCGGCUAUUGUUGAACGCGACUCAUCUCACUUUGGCAACAUACAAUGUGCUGUUUGAAAUACUAACUGAACAAAUGACACCAACAAUAAAUUAUUUGGCUCAUGCAUCGAUCAGCGAUGUAAUGAGAUUUGAAAAUCCUAUGAUGCUGAAAGUUAUUACCAAUCUGAUAACACAAAGUGAGAAUAAUUUGGAACUAAUGAAGGUGAAACGAAUUUUUUUGGAAGAUUUGCUACAUAUGUGUAAAAACUCACGAGAUAAUCGACGUACAAUUUUGCAAAUGAGCGUAUGGCAAGAAUGGCUUAUUUCACUGGCUUAUAUCUUCCCUAAAAAUGAAGAUGAAGUAGAAAUCAGUGAACUUGUUUAUCACGUAUUUGCAGAGCUUCUCUUUCACGCUAUUUAUUUAGAAUAUGGAGGUUGGAGAGUUUGGGUCGAUACCCUUGCUAUUGCUCACUCAAAGGUAUCUUGGGAACGUCACCAGAUAAAAUUUCAUAGAGGUGGUGAACGCGAAACGGACGUUAUAUUUUACUUAGUUCAAAACCUUGUUUCAUCUGUGGCUCGCACAGUAGAUGGACUUGUGGAUGAAGUAGAAAGAAAAGAUGAAUCGAAAAUACCGGAUGAUCAGCUAAGUUCCAUCUACCGCACCCCGGAGUUUUGCUGGUCAGAUGUUCACUUGAGAUUGCUUGACGAUCUACUUGUUUCAAUCGAAAGUACUGUAGAAGAGUGGAAGAAGGGCACAGCAACAAUACUGGAUGUUGUGAAUAGCAAUGAAAAUAGCAUAUUUGUUGCUAACUGUGUUCACGUUUUAUCUCAGCUGAUUGAUUUGCUAGUGAUGGCAUGUGGUGGUCUCCUUCCUCUUUUGGCUGCUGCUACAUCUCCUAAUAGCGAACUGGAAAUAAUGGAUUCGACAAACCAAACAUUGGCUAUAGGCAAUGCCGCUCGUUUGCUCGCACGUUUUGUUGUUCUGGCCGAUGUUUUUGUCUUUGCAUCCGGAAUAAGUUUCAGUGAUCUUGAACAGGAAAAGAAUAUGCCCAACGGUGGUAUAUUGCGACAAACAUUACGGCUAGUGUCAACGGUGGCUGUACGGAAUAUACUUGCCUGUCGUAUAAAAACUUCCUUUGGCAAAAUGUCAUACAUGGAUGCUAAACAAGUAACACGUGCUCAACAGAUCGCUGAAUUUGUUUCGGACACGCUGGAUGUAGGAAACAAAGAGGGAAUUUUGGACCCGGAACAUUUGGUGCAGGAAGUUGAUUUACAACGGCUGAGAGGGGUAAUCUAUCGAGAUAUGGAAGAGAACCGACAGGCGCAGUUUCUGGCUCUUGCAGUUACUUACUUGUUAUCAGUACUUAUGGUUUCUCGAUACAGAGAUAUUUUAGAGCCACCAUCUAUUCCUAGUCCUUUUUUCGAUACGACUAUAACUGGCGGUACAAACAAAGAUUGUGGUAAUAGUUUGAGACAAACUGACGAGGAAUCGUGUACUGAAGAAAACGGAGAGUUGUCUAAUUAUGAAGAUAAUAUUGUGGAUAAGAAUGUUUUCCUCAGAGAAGAAUCAUCGAUAUCACUAGAGGAAAACAAGGAAAAAGAACUGCAGAGUAAUAUCUAUCGGCAAGAUCACUUGGAUACAUUUAAUGAUAGCAGUCUUGCUAAUCGUGAAUUAGAAACAGGUGAGCGACGAGCUUACCUCACAACCAAGUUACAAAAAGCCUUGGAAACAACUGCUCCAUUGUUGCGUGAAAUUCUUACCGAUUUUCGUUCAUAUCUUCAGAAAACACUGUUAGGAACUCAUGGUCAAGAAAUUAUGAAUGAUAGCAAAGUAAUGGAAACAAUGAAGAAUCAGGCAAGAUCAGUAAUUGAACUGGUCAUGCUGUUAUGUUCACAAGAGUGGCAGACAUCUUUACAAAAACAUGCUGGACUGGCUUUCAUCGAACUAGUAAACGAAGGUCGUUUAAUGGCACAUGCAACACGAGACCAUAUCCUACGUGUUGCUAAUGAAGCUGAUUUCAUACUAAAUCGUCUACGAGCUGAAGACAUCAGCAAACAUGCUCAGUUUGAGAGUGAUGCAGCUGAACAGAUGCAUCGACGUCGAAAAGAGGAACAAGUGAAUGACCAUUUGAUUACAGCUAAUCGACGACGAGAUCUGCUUGUAUCAGCACGCUUGUUGGAACGAUUAACGUCAUUAUUAUCGUAUCCGGGCGGUGCGUGGAAUGAUCCAUGUCAACAUUUACAAACUUUCUGGAAGCUGGAUGUUUGGGAAGAUGAUUCAAGGCGACGUAAACGUUUCGUAUUGAAUCCUUAUGGCUGCCAUCAUUCAGCAGCUUGUCUCAAAGCUAUAUUAGAAAGCAAGUCAUCUAAUAAAGAGGUUGAUAAGGCUCGUGAAGAUUUGUUACGCGAUUUGGUAGCACAACGUCUGGUUUCUUUAGGAUCGCUAAAACCUGGUUCUACUUUGGGUGAGCUUGUUGAUGAAACUGAUUUCGAAAAAUGGGCCACUGAACCUGACGUUGCAAUCGAUUUGCAAAGAGAGAAAACGACUUACGGAACAGCAGCAAAGUUGAUUGCACCAGGUCUUGUUGUACCGGGAACCCUUUCCAUAACGAAUUAUGAAUUGUUUUUUGAUGCUGAUGAAGAUGACCCACUAUACAAGGAACAAGAUCCCAAGGUUACCUCGUUUUUGCUAAAUUUUUUUUUUUUAACUUAG